AUGCCGUCUGAGAAGGGACAGAGGAAGAGUUUCAAGCAGAGACUGGUCUUGAAGAGCAACUUGGUUAAAGAAACACUCUCUGAGUUCUUGGGCACAUUUAUAAUGAUUGUCCUUGGAUGUGGCUCUGUUGCCCAAGCCAUCCUCAGUAGAGGGCAUUUUGGAGGAAUUGUCACUGUCAAUGUUGGAUUUGCAAUGGCUGUUGUAAUGGCCAUUUAUGUGACUGGAGGUGUCUCUGGUGGCCACAUUAAUCCAGCUGUCUCUUUCGCAAUGUGUCUUUUUGGACGGAUGAAAUGGUACAAAUUGCCUUUUUAUAUGGGAGCCCAGUUCUUAGGCGCCUUCGUGGGGGCUGCAACCCUCUUUGGCAUUUACUAUGAUGGACUUAUGUCUUUUGCUGAUGGAAAAUUGCUCAUCGUUGGAGAAAAUGCAACAGCACACAUUUUUGCAACAUACCCUGCUCCAUAUCUGUCCCUGGCAAAUGCAUUUGCAGACCAGGUAAUGGCCACCACGUUCCUCCUCAUGAUUGUCUUUGCCAUUUUUGACUCCAGAAACUUGGGGGUCCCCAAAGGCCUAGAGCCUAUUGUCAUUGGCCUCCUGAUUAUUGUCAUCUCUUCCUCUUUGGGACUGAACAGUGGCUGUGCCAUGAACCCUGCUCGAGACCUGAGUCCCAGACUCUUCACUGCUUUGGCAGGAUGGGGGUCUGAUGUCUUCACAGCUGGAAAUAACUUCUGGUGGAUUCCUGUGGUGGGCCCUAUGGUUGGUGCGGUCAUUGGAGGACUCAUCUAUGUUCUUAUCAUUGAAAUCCAUCACCCAGACCCGGAUGCAGGUUUCCAGACAGAAUCAUCAGAGGACAAACCAGAGAAAUAUGAACUUAGUGUUAUAAUGUAG